UGUCAGUACAUUUGAUCCACACCCCGAUCCAACAAAACCGACCACAAAUCCCAAAAUUUCACACUGCAGCCCUAGCGGUACGCAGGUACUUCAAAAAAAUCUCAGAUUAGUCGCGUUGAAUUUUUUCUUUCUUCUCGAAAGUUGCAGAUCAGAAGUGAGUAGGUAUGGAUUUUGAUGAAUAUGAGUAUUUAGAAAAAACGGUUGAAAAUCCUGAGCCUCAAAAGUCGAAGAAGGGGAAUGAUAACGGCAGCGUUGAUAAUGUCAAAUCCGAGGAGAGGAAUCGAAGUCGUAGUUCGAAGCAUAAGAGGGAGGAUAGAGCUGAUGAUUGCGAUAAUGAUCAUCGUCAUUCCAAGCGCUCAAAAUCACGAGAGGAGUUAUUAGGUGAUCAUGAUCGGCACAAGGAACGGGGAUCAUCUCGUCACCGGUCGCGGUCUAGAGAUGGGGGCAAGGAUAGGCACAGGAGUAGCCGAGAACACAGAGUCAGGGACAGGGACAGGGAUGAUAGGAAUGGGAGGGACAGAGAAAAGGAACGCGAACCAGAUAGGAAAGAGCAUGAUCGCGAGAGUGAGAGGGACAGGGAAAGAGAGAUAGAUCGGUCAAGGAGAAGCAGGAGUCGAUCAGAAAGAGAAAGAGAAAAGGAGAGAGAUCCAAGGGAACGAGACAGAGAUGGCAGGAGGUAUAAAGACAAAAAGGAAGAUGUGGCAGAGCCUGAGGUUGAUCCAGAAAGGGAUCAGAGAACAGUAUUUGCUUAUCAGAUUUCCUUGAAGGCUAAUGAAAAAGAUGUUUAUGAGUUCUUCUCUAGGGCUGGCAAGGUACGAGAUGUUCGACUCAUAAUGGAUCGAAAUUCAAGACGUUCCAAGGGGGUUGGGUAUAUUGAGUUCUAUGAUGUAAUGUCAGUCCCUAUGGCAAUAGCACUCUCUGGACAGCCUCUUUUUGGUCAACCAGUGAUGGUGAAACCAUCAGAAGCUGAGAAGAAUCUCGUGCAGUCAACUACAGCUGUGGCAGCUGGACAGACAGGUCCAUAUGCUGGUGGGGCUAGAAGGUUGUAUGUUGGCAACCUGCAUUUCAACAUUACAGAAGAUCAACUACGUCAGGUUUUUGAACCUUUUGGUUCUGUGGAGCUGGUUCAAUUGCCUCUUGAUGAGACUGGUCAUUGUAAAGGUUUUGGUUUUGUCCAGUUUGCUCGUCUGGAAGAUGCAAAGAAUGCAUUGAAUUUGAAUGGACAGCUGGAGAUUGGAGGUCGUGUAAUCAAGGUAUCAACUGUUACUGAUCAAGGCGCAUUUCAAGAUGUUGGGACAAAUGCCAUCGAUCUUGAUGACGAUGAAGGUGGUGGCCUGUCUCUAAAUUCAUCAUCUCGAGCACUUCUUAUGGUGAAGUUGGAUCGCAGUGGCACUGCAUCAAGUAUUACUGGCUCAGUAGGGAUGGCUGUUAAUAGCACCAGCCUUACGGCCUCCACGACACCAAUCCUUGGUGCUGCACCUGUGAUACCAUCCCUUGUUCCUCCUACUGUACUAGCCUCUGUUCCUACCAUUUCUGGACUUCCAGGUGGUCUACAACUCCCUACUAAUGGCAUCCCUACUAUUGACACAAUUGGAACUCCAAGCGAAUGCCUAUUGUUGAAGAAUAUGUUUGAUCCAAAGCUGGAGACGGAACCAGAUUUUGAUUUGGAUAUCAAAGAAGACGUUCAAGAAGAAUGUUCAAAAUUUGGAAAGUUGAAGCAUAUAUAUGUGGACAGGGACAGUGCUGGUUUUGUCUACUUAAGAUUCGAAGACACACAAGGUGCGAUAAAUGCACAACGGAACCUACAUGGGAGAUGGUUUGCAGCAAAAAUGAUUACUGCAACAUUCAUGGUGCCACAAACCUACGAGGCAAAGUUUCCAGACAGCAAGAGAUAGUUGGAUGAUGUUUUAACCCAAUGCUAUGCUUGAAAAUAGUUGGAUGAUGUUUUAACUUAAGGCUAUGCUUGAAAUCAAGGAGGGUCAAAUUUCCGGGGGAAUUAUAAAUGCCUUGGAACUUUAUAUUAUGGUAACUUAAAAAAAAAAAUCUAUAUUUUGAAUUUCCAACUAAUUUCAUUUUACCAUGUUUGAUACACCACUGCAAGAAGGGAGAAAUAGGUUUUUUUUGGGUUCAUUUAGCAAUGAUUGAGUACGAUGAAAUUCCUAUAAAGCCCUUGUGGUAGUUGAAAUGUUUCUAUCAUCCGAUGCAGAAAUAAUAACUUUUUAAAUGAUGA